UGUGUGUGUGUGCGUGUGUGCACGUCAGCUGCCCGCAUGCACACGCACGCGCUCCUCCUCCUCCUCCUCCUCGUGUAUUUCCGUGAUCUGUCAGAGAGGAGGAGCGCGCUCACACACACCUGAUCAGCCGGAUCAAUAGGACCAGCCGCGGCUGCGCUCGGACCGUUUCUCCCGGACUGGAGCAUGAACCCGUCCCGCACCCUGACAGCUGCUGCGGGAAGCUGAUGAUGAUGAUGAAGGAGCUCCAGCAGCUCCACGCGCUCCACCAGUGAUCCGAGCCGGUCUAAGAUGCCACCGGGCCCCGGCGCCCGGCAGCACGCGGCUCAGACCGACAACAACCCGGGAUAAGAAACCUGCAGCACAGACACGAACCACAGACCAGAAGGACCCAGAUCCGGGACGAACCGGGAGGGAGAAGCCGGGGUCAGAGAGCGGAGCGCCGGGGAGCGGAGCGCAGCGAGCCGCAGAGAGGAGGAGAGAGGUCCACAUCAUGCUGCUCCCGCGGCUUCCGGUCCUUUCGGCGCUCCUCCUCCUGCUGCUGGCCGCGGGACGCUGCACCAAGGCGGCGCUGCGCCGGAGCACCGGGACCCUGGACGGCCGCAGCAUGCUGGAGCAGGUCGGCCGGUACCCAAGGUCCAGGACGGAGCCAGUGGGGCUGAGCGGAGUCAGAACACCAGGACACGUGGGUCACCACAGAGAUCCACGACACAAGGAUACGUUCAUCAUACACCUGACAGGUCCUCUUUACUUCAACCCCAAGUGCAGAAAACAUUUCCUCAGACUGUACCACAACACCAGAGACUGCACAAUACCUGCCUAUUAUAGGAGAUGUGCUCGUCUGCUGACUGCAUUAGCCAACAGCCCUCGCUGUGCCGAGAGAUAAACACUCUGAGAGACGCCUCUGGACAGGAGAUGUUGCCGUGACAACGAGGAGGGUGGGGCGUCAUGGCGAGGUCGGUCCAGCAGAAGAAGUCCUCCAGCCAAUAGAAACACGUCAGAGACGCCGCUGUCAUCCAGCGCAGCCGGACGACCAGCGAUCAGAAUGCACUGCCAGUCGCUCUCACACUGAUUUUAUUUCAACAUGCUUCAUGUUUGCGACGUCCGCGUCCUUCUCCUCAGUCUUCACGCCGCUCCAGCCAGGAUUUCACCAGACUCUGAGCAUACAUAAGCAGCUGGUUGGCGGCCAUGUUUGUUUUAGUACAAAAACAUGUUCACGCAGGAUUCACAGCUCGUCUUCUUCACGCUGGGUCAGCCUUAAUGAUGGACGACGAGUCUCCACUUCCUCACACUCUACAGCAAUGAAGCCAAAGUAUUCCAGAUACGGGAGCGGCCAUUUUGUGUUAGUGACAUCAUUUGUGACACGUUUUUAUAGCAUGAAAUAACUCUUAGAACCGUCACAGGUGUGACAUCAUCCUCUCCGUCCACUGGUUUUACGUCAUUUUCAGUUUGAUUUCUUUCCCUGAUCUCACAUUAGUCGUCUCAUCUGGGCCGGUUUGAUCUGAUUCAUCUUUACUUUGCGGACCAGUUCUCCGGUCCUCCUCCUCCUCCUCCUCCUCCUCCUCCGGAGUGAACAGAACAGUUCUGGAGCUUGGUUGUUUGCUUGUUUCUCUGUUUCUGCUGCAGAAUGCUGCAACUCUGUUUAACUGCGAAGCUCCAGAACUGUUCUGACUCGGUUUGACUCUUUAAUCCCGCUGAACUGAACUCAGUACUCUGUUUUCUUCGUCAGACUCUUGUCUCGGUCACUGAACUGUCUGUAAGUCCAGUCAACACAACGACUCACCUCAGCUGUUCUCUGUUGCCUCCUGCUGAACUCCACAACCACAUGAGUCCAGUUCUCACACUCAGACUGAAACAACACACGGAUUUCUAUUUUUCUGAACGUCCGUCUGAUGAUUCGAGGAGAUUUUGCUGGUCUCUAACGGAGCUGCAGGAUUACUUCUGGAACUGGAGGUGGAUCUCAGAUUUGAUCUGGAGGCUCAACAGAAACGUUGGUCUGAGCCCGGCGGUCUCGCAGGACAACAGUGUUCGUGUGGAACUUUUGGAGGAAACAAACGGACAAAUCCUCUGAUUGGACGUCUGUUCUGUCGUCCUGUGCGACAGAUGAGUCACAUGCUGACUGUUUCACGUUACAUAUUCAUAAUAAUAACUGAUAAUAAUAUUCAACUGUAUUUAUAUUGUUUAAACUGCCGCCCCGUGUGCAAUAUGUACAUACUGAAAGAGGAAUAAAGA